AUGGUUACUGGUAGUGUACGACUGUGGUGGUGACUGGUAGUGUACGACUGUGGUGGUGACUGGUGGACAUUAUCACGGCUGAGUUGGUCCGGGAGACACGAUUAUCACUGCUGGAGUGACGUCGGGUGCUAGCGUAAUAUAACCUAGAAACAAUAACCUAAGAGAUGCUGCACGGUAGUCUUAACAGCAGCUGAGUGAAGGAACUCGUAACGAAACAGCUGAAAAGGAAAGACAAAGUUUAGCGGCGUUGAUAUUGAUGAAAUUUAACUGAAGGAAAGGUGGAGUAGGACUGGUGAGGUCGUAUAUGCCACUCUGACUUGGAAACGCCAGUAUCAACAUCAACAGGGUCACAUUGUAUCAAAAUGGAGGUGAAACAAAUGCAGUUCCUCUUCACUGGGAUCAUAUUCGUGCUAACAACGUGCAUGGGGCUGGCGCCGGUGGUGCUGAGAGGAAUGUUCUCCAAGAGGUUAAUGCCUCGAGCUGCUCUCAGGACCAGACUCCUCUCCUGUGCCUCCUGCUUCGGCGCUGGGGUCUUCAUCUUCGUUUGUUUCAUGGGUCUGCUACCUGCUGCAGAUCGUAAAUUCCACCAUUUCCUUGAGGUGCUGGGUCACACAGACGAGAGCUGGGAGGUCUUCGCAGAGUUCCCCUGGGGGUUCUUUGUCGUCACCUGUGGCUUCCUCAUCAUCUUCACUAUUGACAAACUGGUGCACGCCAUGGAGCACUCCCGCCACAGCAACAGCGCCACACACAGCCUGCUGGCCAAACAAGCGGUGAGAGCAUCCAUUGCUGUGGACACGCUCAGUGAGCGACCUCGUAGUGUAGAUGCGAACGCUGUAGAUGAUCAACACCUUCACCAUCUCUGUAGCGACCACCAAGGUGGGCACGGGGUACCUUCCUCGGUGAUCUUCCUCAUGGCCCUGGGCAUCCAUUCACUCUUCGAGGGUAUGGCCGUUGGCCUCCAGACGGAGAAAGACAAGGUGCUUGAGUUCUCCUUGGCUAUCAUGGUUCACGAGGCCCUCAUGGCUUUCACCUUCGGCAUGGAGGUAAGCAAGAGCCAUGUGUUGAGUCGAUGGAGCAAGGUGAUCUAUGUGCUGAUGUUUACCUCCACCAUCCCUCUGGGCAUAGUGGCCGGGGUGGCCCUUCAGAAUGCACCCUCAGACAACAGAGAAAUUGUUUCCGCGGUACUGGAGGCCUUUGCAACAGGUAUCUUCAUACAUGUGAUAUUCAUCGAGGUACUAGCUAAGGAGUUCCCCGCCCUUCACCACCACGAGAAAGACAUCGACCAGGAUUCCAUCACUUACUCUCCGCCUUCAGAGAUCUGCCUUAUGAUGGAGAAGGUGGCGUGCAUAUGCAGUGGCAUUCUCACCCUCGUUCUUAUCAAUGUGUUUAUGCAUGCGCACCAUUAAAUCCAACUACGUCGAUCCGAAGUGUCAGGCACAAGUGUCACGCCUACUUUUAGUGCCGUAGGCAUCAUUGAUACCACAGUCAAUACUGGCCACACGGAUGACGAGGAGUCGCUCCCAUUGUAGUAUUAAAACUGUUCGUUUGAGUAAUUAGGUUGUGAAGAAGUCAGAGUUGCCCUCAGUCACCGUGUGGACGAUAGGUCAAGUACCAUUAUGUUUCGUCCUUGUAAUAUUAUGGUCACAAUAAAGAUAUUUAAUGUAGUGAGGACCCAUAGCCUUGAAAAAGAAAAAAAGGGGGUUCAGAAAGAAGUCUUGAGUUUGCUCCUUGAGGCCGUAUGCCUAUUUUCUUCUCCCCAGACUAUAAAUGCCGAGGCAGUACCAAGAUGUACUCUUUUAUAUUUUCAAGUGUGCCAGCAUUUAUUUGGUCUUGCAAGAUGGUGACAUUAACCCAGACGUAGCGAGGCUUGGAAAUUCUCAAAUCAUUCACUCAAGUAUAAAUAAGUAUCGUAUUAUUGUAUAACCCAUACGGGUUUAGCGUUUUAUUAUAGUAUAAAUAAAUGAAUUAGUAUUUAUUUUCUUAAGGUAUAUAAAUAUGUUGCAGUAUUUCUCGAUAUUUAGUCAUUCAGAUUUAUUCAUGUAAUACUUAGACUCGCCUAAACUGUCCAUUUGUAUGAAUGAAUAAACAGUUUUGUAUGUA